AUUUGUCACCCUCCUGCCUCAGCCUUCGGAGUCGCUGGGAUUAUAGGCCUGCGCCACUGCACCCCAUCUUGUUCCGACUUUCAUCCUUUUCCAGACUACUGGGCAUGUGCCUUCCUUAGUUCUGCCAUUUGCUAGCCUGAAGUCGUUGUCUUCUCAUUCCAUAUCUAUUUUAAUCAACACAUGGAUUGAAUGCCCACUAUGUACUAGACACUUUAUUUUAUAUAUGGUGCCCGGAGAAAGUCUCUGAUUUGUACACUAGAAUGUAAACUCCAGGAGGGUAAAGACCCGCCUGGCUCAGUAUCGAAUCUUCCGAGAUUAGAAUAGUGCCUGACAAUUACUGUACAUCCACUACUGAGUGAAUAAAUGACGUCGAUCAGGAAAGUUACCUUAUUUUUUUGUUCUAAGAUCAGCAGGCAGCAGGUGUAGUUAUCUAAAAUUGUCACUUCCCUCCAAAACAACUUCUGCUGAAACACAAGGACAGUCAUUGUGCCUCAUGAAGAUCCACCGGCUAGACCAGGAGAGGGACCGCCCAAGUGUGACAGGUCCCUGCCCUCUUUCAAGGUCACUUUGAUAGUCUGGAAUAAGGAGUCUUUCGUGAACCAAGGAAUCUUAAAUACCACAAAGCUGCCAACACUGAAAACAGUGCUUAGAUCACACUAUCUCAAAAGAUAUUGGUUGGCUGAACUACCAAUAAAUAAGCCGCGACCUUCUGUGGCAGGCGGACUCGGGUGUAGAGAGUGACACGUUCCCAGCGAAGAACUGGGUGAGGCACAAAGUCCGGAUGGAGGUCCUUUUCAGUGGCUGGUCGUAGUUGGGUAGCACUGGCUCAACCACACAAUAUUUGAGAUCGCCGGGGAAACAAAAGUACGUACAUUCUGCGCGUGCGUCACUCUCCGGGCGCGACUUGCCCGCCCGCCGGCUUUCUAUUGGUGGCCUGAAUGAAUUGUCGCAAGCUUGACGUCAUGUACCUGCCAAUCAGAAGCAAGCCAUCUUCAUCCUUGUCCAAUGGGAUCGGGGAUAGGUCACGGCCCGCUGUAUUUGAUUUUCGUUCACGGACGCGGAAGUAGCGAGCCCGACCUAAGUAGGCGCUACUGGCUUCCUGGGCUCUAGAGGUCUUGAUCAGCCGCGGAGGUCCGGGACCGACCCCGGUCGGCUCAGGCCCUUAGCUCGUAGCCUCUUUCUGCCUGGCGUCUGCAAGUGGUGGUGCGCGGGCCACGCGGGAUCCGGGUCUGGGCGCUUCUGGUCCAGGGCCGGCGCGUUCUGGAAUUCCUUGCUUGAAGAUUCGGAAACCAUCUUCCUUAACGCCCUCCGCUUGGUAUUUUCGUCGUCGGAAGCUCAGUUUCUGAGGAAGGUACCAGGAAACUGAUAAUGUUUCCUUGAAUUUUCUUCAAUGUCUCUCAUAUUGAAUAUCUUAAGAGAGAUGCUGGCAUAUUUUGGUGUUCCCAUAGACCAGGUUUUGCUGACUUGGGAAAAUAAAGACUAUGGAUCAACUCGGAGUAUUGUUCGUAUUAUUGGGAAAAUGCUUCCUUUAGAACCUUGUAGAAGACCUGCUUUUGAGUUGAUCCCGCACUUGAACUCUGUAGAAUCUGAUAAUUGUGGAUCUAUGGUUCCAUCUUUUGCUGAUGUUUUGUGUGUGGCAAAUGAUGAAGAAGCCAGUUAUCUCAGAUUUCGUACAUGGAAAAAUGAAGAAAAGGAAAAAAAUGAAUUUUCCCAUCCUUUACAACCAAUUUUGGAUCCACUGUUAUCAGCUCAAAGACAGAACAAACCAAUGAAAAAUGAUCUGCCUGUAAAUGAAGCUACAAUUAAAAAAAUAGCUGCCCUUGAAGAUGAGCUUACUUUUCUUCGCUCUCAGAUUGCAGCAAUUGUGGAAAUGCAGGAACUAAGAAAUAGAAAAAAAUCUGGCUCCUUUGACUUGAAUGAUGAGCCCCCUGGUGUGGGAAGAAUGCCAUCACAGGCAACCGCUGAACUGAGUGUAGAACCAGAUCAGUUUCCAAGUGCAAUGCUUUCUCCUCCUUCACCACCACCGCUUCCUCCUCAUUUUUCUUCUCCUCAGCUUUCAAGUUUUCCUCCCAUACAACCAGGAUCUACUAAUAUUUGUGACUCAGAUAAUCCAGUAGCUGAAAUGAAAAAGCAGCACCCCGGUGCUAAGACCAAUUAUAGUCAUCAUUCAAAAAGCCAGAGAAAUAAAGAAGUUCCAAACAUGUUGGAUGUUCUAAAGGAUAUGAAUAAGGUCAAGCUCCGUGCUAUUGAACGGUCACCUGGUGGUAGACCCAUUCAUAAGAGGAAAAGACGAAGUUCACAUUGGGAUCCCGUGUCCUUAAUAUCACAUGCACUUAAGCAGAAAUUUGCAUCCCAAGAAGAUGACUCCUUUGACAAAGAAAAUAGAUCUUGGGAUUCUUCUCCAUUUAAUAGAUCUUGGGAGUCUUCUCCAUUUUCUAGUCCAGAAGCUUCAAAGUUUGAACAACACAUUUCACAGACAGAAGGACAGUGAUCUGAGGGAAGAGCUGAUAAUGCACAAAAGCUGUUGGACAAAGUAUUGGGCACAAAAAGUCUGUCUUUACUUGGAAGGAAAGAUGCAGAAAUAUGGCGGCAUGUCUUUCGCUGCCUUUCAUAGGAUCAGCUCCUCUGCCCAGUAAUGUUGAAUGAAGCCUGUAUCCUGGGACAUGUUAGGGCCCUGGUCUGAGGAAGAAUACCUGUCUCCAGUUUUGGAAGAUUCUGCAGUUAACUGACUACUGAAGAGAGUUAGGUGUAUGGAUUUUUUCCCAUGUAUGUCAACAUUAUUGAAAGCUGACUCUACGUUCCAACAGUUGUCCUCAGCAAUUCUGACUUCCCAGUUUAAAAGCCUUUGAAUCUUUUAAAAAUUGGUAGUGAUCUGGCUUACAUGGCUUCCAGUAACUUGGAGAUUUUCAAAGAAGAUAAAAUUAUAAUUUAUUAAGAAACUCUUAGUUUUAAUCAUAGGGUUAAGCUUUUUGAAACUUCUUCCUGAGAUAAUAAAUAAUAAAUUAGUCUUGCCUGCACUUGUGAUGUAAGCAUGUAUGCCUGACAUCUGUUUCUUUCAUUCCGUAUUACAUUUAUACAUUGUUCUUUUGCAAAUAGAUUGUACAAUAAAUGUGUCUUUUGAACAUGA